AUGAUGGACAGCCGGAUACUGGAGCCGCCUCACGCCCAGUUCGGAGGCUCCCUCGGCGGCGGCGGCGGAGGUAUGGUGGGCUUCCCGUACCACCUGAGCCACCACCACGUCUACGAGCUGGCCGCCGGCCACCAGCUCCAGUCCUCCGCCACCGUCCCCUUCUCCAUAGACGGAUUACUCAAUGGGUCUUGCGCGGCGUCCGUGGGCGGCUCCGGCGGGAUCCUGGCGUCUGGCUGCGGGAUGAACGGAGACAAUCAGCCGUACAAACUGACAGACUCGGGGGACAUGGACAAGGAGAGUCCCGGCUGCAAGAGGCGAAGAACACGGACAAAUUUCACCGGCUGGCAGCUGGAGGAGCUGGAGAAAGCGUUCAACGAGAGCCAUUAUCCGGACGUGUUCAUGAGGGAGGCUCUGGCCCUCAGACUGGACCUAAUCGAGUCAAGAGUGCAGGUCUGGUUCCAGAACCGCCGGGCCAAGUGGCGGAAGAAGGAGAACACCAAGAAGGGUCCGGGCCGACCCGCGCACAACGCACACCCGACCACCUGCAGCGGCGAGCCCAUGGACCCUGAGGAGAUCGCCCGGAGAGAACUUGACCGUCUGGAGAAGAAAAAACGAAAGCAGGAGCGGCGCCUGCUCAAGGCCCAGAACAAGCAUCUGCACGGGGAUCUAUUUCACACCCCGGGAUCGGACAGCGACAGCGGCUUGUCUCACGUCACCGACAGCGAGCACGGUACCGGCCCGCGUCUGGACCUCACCAAAAUAGGCUGCGAGCCGACACCUCACUCGCUGCACACGUCCAGCCAGAACCAAAGACAAAUGGACCAGGACGCCGGUUGCUCUGAGCUGGACUUGCCCGACGCCAGCCACCGCUCGAGCAUGUGCUCCGGCACAAACAGAACCUCCGGCUUGCAGAAACUCAACCCGUUCAGCGUGGAAAGCCUCCUUUCGGACUCCAGACCCAGACGCAACUCCGCGGCCUUACCCGCCUCUCGGCCCCUCAUUGGGAAGGGUCACUUUCUGCUCUAUCCCAUCACGCAGCCACUGGGAUUCAUUGUCCCGCAGACAGCCUUAAAAACGGCUUCGAACGCUGACAGCGGUUCCGAGGACCUGGCCGGGAGAAACCAGGCGCCCGGCGUUCAGUGCAGGAGCGUCUCCCCGGGGGAGACGGACAGGGACCGGGCGGGGUCGGGUUCCAGCACCCCUGGGACUUUGGGCCACGAACACGGGGGAAAUGAACAUUUAGAAGAGAGUCCACUAGAACCAACACCGAACUCUCUCGAAAAAACGGAAUAA